AUGAACGCUACAGAAUACAAAAAGUAUCAUGAGUCCUUUAUGGAAAACAACCAUGGAACAACAGCUCUGCAUACAUUUUUUAGUUUGUUCUUUACAGUCCAAACUUCGCUUCUCUGUUGUAUUCGUCCAAAGAAUCCCAAACUGGUGCAAUAUUCAUACGAGUAUAUAUCGAUUGUGCUCUCUAUGAUAUUAGCCCAUACCAUCUUUGUUGAUAAUAUAUAUGUAAUGAAUUUUGUUGCAUUUGCCUUCAUAACAUUUGAAUUUUUGAAAACUCAUAGUAUAGCAGAUAUACAAAGGACAUUCUCUAAACUUAACUCAUUUGGAAACACAAAAAUUAUUUCAAUAUCUUGCACAAGAGGCCUCACAUAUCUUAUGACUGUGUUUUGUAUUUUGGCAGUGGACUUUCAAGACUUUCCAAGAUAUUUAGCUAAAACUGAAAAAUAUGGAUAUAGCCUCAUGGAUACUGGUGUUGGGCUAUUUGUUCUUAUGAGUGGCCUUGUCCAUAAAGAUGUCAGUAAAGAAAGCUGUACAUCAAUUAUCAAAGGCAACUCAAAAUUUAUUUCUGUCCUCAUUUCUCUUGGUUUUCUAAGAUACUUUUCUGUGAAACAGCUAGACUAUCAUGAGCAUGUCACAGAAUAUGGGGUACACUGGAAUUUCUUUUUCACAUUAGCAACUUUAUUUACCCCUUCAUACCUUACAUUUAUAAUAUUAAACAUGUACAUGUGCUUAACUAUAGGAUUAAAUUUAUAUUUAAAAAGGAAUGGUAUUAAAAUUUAA